UGCUAGGAGACACUAGUCAGCUUGGAUAGUAGAUUAUGCAAAUUAAGAGAGGUUUAGAGGCAGUAUUUAACAAGCUUGUGCAGAUUUAAGUGAUAAUCUAGAGAGCAUUUGCAGAAGGUUCAAAGCCUUCAGGCACUCAAAGCAAGAAUUCACUUCUCCAGCUAUCCAUUGUAUUCACUUAUUUAUAUCAUCAUACCUAAUCUUUUAGAGAUCAGUUUUUUCCUUCUCUCUUACUAUACAGAACUUAAGAGAGUAUUGGGUAGAAUCCUCUUACACAACCUAAGGUUCCAUAACCUUGAGACAUAGGUAUUGGGUUGGGAAGGAUGUUGAUUUAAGGGAUUGUAAUGGUGACUAGCACGUACUGGCAGAUUAGUGGAAGAUUGACAGUUACUAGCACUCACAAGUUAGAAGAUUGCAUUGUAUCUCUAACACCUAGAAGUUUGAGGGAGAUUUCACUAGUGGAGGAGAAAUCUUAAGCUUGUUUGGAGGAGAGGAUGUAAACACUUAAGAAUUAGGUUCUUGAAUCUCUAUAAAGAGAAAUUCUAGUG